CUUUUCUAUUGACACUUGAAUUCAAUUGGCUACUGCUCAACCAAUAGCAUUUGGGGGUGAAUACAGCUCACAUUUGAACUAUUUGGUCCCGGACAUACAGACAAAAAUAAAACGAAUUAAGCAACGUGAUUGGUCUAUUUCGAUUUAAAUCGUCUUUUUGAGACGAUUUAUUCGUUAAUUCAGUUUUAAUUCACUUUGAAUUAGUCGGUGUUCGGGGCCUUCGCCUUGAUUUACUCUAAGAAAGUCGUUUUCCCUAUAACUUGAUUUCUAUUGGUCAGUGCUCAAUCAAUGGAGCUUCGAGGCAAGUGGAGUACAAAUUCGAGUUCUCCAUCCCGAAAAACUCUGGAGUAUCGCCUUUGCGAUCAGAGGAUAGAGCUCUAAUUGUGGAUCACAUAGAGCGUGGACAAGAACAGAACCGAUUUCCGUUUAUUUAUCUUUGCAAUAGGUGAGUUAGCUUCCUUGUUUCUUGAUGUUUUAUAUACCAUUUUGUAGCUCGUGAAAUUCUCUGUUGAAUGGUAUAUAAUAAUUGGGGUUUUAUGUGACCAUGAUCGGGAAAGCCUUUUACGAAAGCAAGGACUGGUUGAUCCUCACAUAGGAAAGCAUAGGGGAAAAUAAUUAUUUUUACAAUAACUCACGAAUGGCUCGGACACUCAUUCUCAUCUUCGAACUCAACCGAGAUAUUGUUGGGACAAAACUGUGUAGAAAACUUCAUCACGAUUGAACUCUGCUUUCAAAAGUUAUCGCGUAAACGGCCGGUCGCUCGGCCGGACACACUGACCGAUUCUAGAGUGUACUUACUUUUUGAGUACACAAAAAUUUUGCUCUUGAAUGGGAAUAAAUAUGCGGUUGAACCUUCUUCUUUUUUGCUUUUUUCUUGCUUAUUUAAACGUAUAUACUGGAAUGGACGAAGAGAACUAACUUGUAAAAAUUAAAUUUCUUCGUCCAUUCCAGUAUAAAAAUUCAAAUAGGCAAGAAAAGAGCAAAGAAGAAGAAUAAAAAGAAGAAGGUUCAACCGCAUAUUUAUUCUCAUUCAAGAACAAAAUUUUUUAACUCUAAAAAAAAACAUAUUACGUUCGAAACGUCGGUUAUAAUAUAUAUUGUUAUAUAUUUAUAUUUACAUUUAUAUAUUUUACUCUCCAUUACUAUGUUAAAUUUUUAUUUAAUUGUAAAUAAUAAUUUAUAUAAAAUAUUUAAUAAAUUAAGAAAAAGCUAAAUUUUUUUAAAAAUGAUCAGUACAACCUACCUAAGGCGUAUGAACUUUCAUUCUGAUUUCACAACAACAGACAUCGCUUUACUCUGAUAAAAACCAAUCACUGCAGCCUCCUGCAAAGCUGAAAUAAACUACUCAUAACCUAAUAAACCUCAUUAAAACUUGUAUUUGCAUUUACUGUAUUUUCUUUUAUUCAAAGACAUAUGAGUUGCACAAAAUUAAAUAUAUAUGUUAAAAAGUAAAAUUGCAAACACUAAUCUAUUUUGGUAUAAAAAGAAUAUGUCUUUCUAAAAUUUCUCCAGAAGGGGCUCAAAGGUCCGUAGGGGGGGGGCUCAGCCCCCCCUGGCCCCCUGCUGGCUACGCCACUGACUUAUACAAUCAAAUUCACCUAUUGGUGAGGUUCUCACAGCUAAAAUUGUUCCAUGUUUUGUUGAAUUAUUAAAAUUUCAGCAAUUUCAAAUUUAAGUAAGAUUUAAAAAGAAAUAAUAAUAAUCAAAAGAAUUCUUCUUUUUUAGGAUUUAGUUUGGAGUUGUAUUGGUUACAAAUAUUAUAUCAGCAUCAGGCAAUUCAAGUCAAACAACACAUGUUAUUGAUGAUGUUAGUAAUGCACUAGUUUUUGUCAAAUUAUUAAGUAAUGUGAAUGAAGAUUUUCAGGAACAAGUUAAUCUUUGUUAUUUAUUUGGUAUCUUUUCAUGUAAUGCACAUUUAACAACAAUACGAAAUGCUGGAUGGCGCUUAACAAUUAUUAAACAUUCAGUUUUAAAUUUUCAAUCAUCAGCAUUAUAUGCUGUGAAAAAUAUUGUCACAGGUGAAUCAAUUAAAAACGAGGCUUAUUGGACUUUAUCAAAUAUAACAGCUGAUAUUCAAAGUCAAAUUCGAGCUGUUAUUGAUGCAAAUAUAUUUCCAUCAUUAAUUAAUAUCGUUAAACAUGGUGAUUAUAAAACACGAAAAGAUACUGCUUGGGUUGUAACAAAUGUAACAUCAGGUAGUACAUCACAACAAAUAAAGUAUAGCAGAGAAGUUAAACGAACGAAUAGUUACAAUCCAUAUGCAAUUAUGAUUGAAGAAUGUUUUGAUUUAGAUAAAAUUGAAUGUUCAGUAAUAUAUUUUGGUGUUGAUGAAGAUGAAUAUCUUUCACAUCAAAGAGAAUUUGCACUAUUUGAAUUUGAUACAACAAAUAGUCAAGUAAUAUCAACAAUAAAUGAACAAAUAAAUCCAAUUAAUGAUGCUAUUAUUAAUCUUCCUACACCUAUUCUAUCAAGUUUAUCUGAAGUUGAUAUUGAAUCUAGUGCACAUAAUACAUCCGAUACAAAUGUCGUUAUUGAUAUAUUACCAACACUAGUAUCUAUUCUUGUUAGUAAAACUAAAAUAGAAAAAUCAAUUACAAACGAAAAUCUUGAUUUAUCAGUAGAAAAACGAUCGAGAUUUGAAGGAAAUAUUCAACAUAGAUUAAAAAUAAUUGCAAGACGUUCAGGAGAUUCAUUCAUAUCAUCAUUAAUGAAUAUAAAUGAUAAUAGUCAUGAAACUUCAUCAUAA